UCAACAAUAGAAUACGGACUUACAUCGCUCUAAAACUGCCAAAUUCGAUUAUACCCCAUGCAAUAAAUUCGGAAUUUUCCAAAAAAUAACUCUUAUUCUGGCAGUCCUAAUAACCGCAAUAUACUUUAGAUAUGUGUUUGUUUAGCCUUUUAUCGCAGUUCCUGUUCUUUGUUUAUGGCACCAUGCGACCGGCCUGGCACACCUACAAGACGCUGAACAGCGGAGACGAGGAGUUCCUGGCCUGGGCCAAGUACUGGAUAGUGUACGCCUUCCUGAUCACCUUCGAGGUGCUGGCGGACGUCUUUCUGUCCUGGCUGCCGCUCUACAUGCCCACCAAGUUGAUUCUGGUCCUGUGGAUCGUGCUGUCCGCUCCGUCCGCCAAUGUCUGGAUGUUCGACGCCAUCCUGCGUCCGGUGCUGACCAGGCGGCAGGAGCAGAUCGAUCACUUCCUGAACCGGGGCAAGGAUAAGCUCCUAAGCGACGCUCUUUCCUCGAUGACACAGCUGGUAGCACGUAGCCAAUUACUGCCCUUUGUGGCCAAACUCUGGUCGAGAUCGAGCCCCACUCCCCUUAUGAGUGCCAAUCUGAUGCAGGACGUCACUGGAGAAGGAAUUGGAGGCAGGCCAUCCGAGGAUACUGACUCGGCCACCGCCUCUGUCCAAAAUCUCUCCAGUGCUUCCAGUCCAGUUGGCAGCUUAGAGAACCUCCACGUCGAUUCCGAGGAGAUUCAGGUGGGCGCUUCGAAGGCCACCACACACCUGCAACCGAAUAAGUCCCAGACUGACUUGGCCAAGAAGAACUUCUUGUCGCCGGAGUCGCAGAGGGUCUUUAAUCGCCGAGCUCAACGCAAGUUCAAGACUGAAAUGGGCAUUUCCUCCGCCACCAAGCUGGAGUAUCUGCAUGACGAUGUUGAGGACCUGCUUGUCAAGUCGAGGAUUGAGACUAGCGGCCAGGAAGUCCGUCAGCAACGCCAACCGAUCAGCCGUCGUCGUCUCUAACGUUUAGCAAUAUGAUUUUUAAAACCCCAACAGGGGCUGUACUUAUUUCAUUAUAUCAAAAUAUAAAUGGGCAAUGUUGGUUUUAA